AUGGAUGUGGAUGACGUGCUGCGAGAGUGUGGGGGCUUUGGCCGUUUCCAGCUGCUGCUGCUGGCACUGCUCUCCCUCGCCCGCCUGCCCCUCCCCUGGCACUUCCUGCUGCACAUCUUCCUGUCGGCCGUUCCUCCCCAUCACUGCCGCUCCCCCCACCAGCCCACGGCCAGCAACCUCAGCCGGGACCCCCACCUGACCCCCGCCGACCCCGGGCCCUGCCGCGCCCUCCCCCCCUCACUCAACCACUCCUCCCUCCCCUGCACCAGCGGAUGGGAGUACGACACCUCCCAGUUCACAGCCACCAUCGCCACAGAGUGGGACCUGGUGUGUGAUCGCCGCAGCCUGAACCAAGCUGCCGGAACCUUCUUCUUCCUCGGAGUCAUGUUGGGUGGCCCCAUCUUCGGCUACUUGUCCGACAGGUAUGGGCGGCGCCGGCUGCUGCUCCUGGGCUGCCUGGUGACGGCCAUCUUCGGCACCAUCGCCGCCGUCUCCACCGGCUUCACCAUGUUCGUCAUCUCCCGCUUCCUGUCCGGCCUCGGCCUCACCGCCAUCAACAUUACCGCCUUCACCCUGGCCGUGGAGUGGACGGACGUGAAGCACCGUGCCCAGGUGGGGGCAGUGUGCAGCCUGGCUUGGUGUGUGGGUAACAUGUCGCUGGCACUGAUGGCCUUCCUGCUGAGGGACUGGCGUUGGCUGCAGCUCGCUGUCUCCACCCCCUGCCUACUGUUCGCCGCCGCCUGCUGGUGGGUGCCGGAGUCGGCGCGCUGGCAGCUGUCAGUGGGGCAGAUGGAGGGGGCGCGGAGUGGACUGCUGACCUGUGCCCGGCUCAACCACACCCCACCCCCCCACACAGUGCAGGAGCUGGAGAAGUUGCAGAGCCUAGGACGGGCUCCCCGCCCCUCGCCCCUCGCCCUGGUGAGGACUCGGCAGAUGUGCAGGAUCACCCUCUGCUCCGGAAUGGUCUGGAUGGGAGUGUCUCUGUCGUACUACGGCCUGAGUUUCUCAGUGUCGGGGCUGGGCCUGGGCCUGGGCCUCUACCUGACCCACUUCACCUAUGCGGCGGUGGAGAUGCCGGGGAAGCUGCUGGCCUUCCUGCUGCUUGAGCGUUUGGGCCGCCGAUGGACCCAGGCUGGGCUGCUGCUGCUCACCGCCAGCGUCAUGGGCCUACGCUGCCUGCUGACCCCCGGGCAGCAGGUGCCUCUCCUGGUGCUGGGGAUCGUGGGCAAGGGCAGCGCGGAGGGUGCCUUCACCACCGCCCUCUUCUACAUCACCGAGCUCUUCCCCACCUCACUCAGGCAGAGCGGGCUGGGCUACACGUCGCUGAUGGGGCGCCUGGCAGCCUCGGCUACGCCGCUGGUGAUGCUCCUGGACGAGGUGUGGGUCUUUCUGCCUUCCCUCAUCUUCAUCAGCGUCACCCUGCUGGCUGCAGCCAUGUCCCUGCUGCUUCCCGAGACACGGCACGUGCCUCUGCCCCAGACCGUGGGCCACGUAGAGGACAGCGGGCACCGACACAGCAGGCACCGACACACUGCGGGCACCGACACACCGGGCACCGACACACUGUGGGCACCGACACACAGCGGGCACCGACACACAGCGGGCACCGACACACCGCGGGCACCGACACACCGCGGGCACCGACACACCGCGGGCACCGACACACUGUGGGCACCGACACACUGUGGGCACCGACACACUGCGGGCACCGACACACUGUGGGCACUGGCACACAGCGGGCACCGACACACCGCGGCCACUGGCACAGCGGGCACCGACACACCACGGGCACCGACACACAGCGGGCACCGACACACAGCGGGCACCGACACACUGCGGGCACCGACACACCACGGGCACCGACACACUGCGGGCACUGACACACCACGGGCACUGACACACCGCGGGCACCGACAAACAGCGGGCACUGACACAGCGAUACACUGCGGGUACGGGCGUAGGAACGGAGGAGCAGUGGCGACCAGCGUGACGGACAUCGCCCUACAGCCGCUGGGAGCGGGGGAGUCGCAGACGGCGUUGAGUGAGGAGAGCGAGGUCACCAUGAGGUCUUUGCGGGCACAGACACACAUCAGGCACUGGCACAGCGGGCACCGACACAUUGUGGGCACUGACACACUGCGGGCCCCUGCGGGCCCCUUGGAUUACUGCUAG